CAGAAAACACGAAUGCUCAAUGUGACAAUUAUUUCCUAUUUGCCGAAGUAUGGGGACCUUCUUGCAUUUUGCCAUUCUACUGACUUUUAUCCAUCAAGCAGAGUCCAGCUCUGUGUUUGUGCUGAAGGGACAGAACGUUCGUCUGGAUGUCCAGGAAAAUGUUAAACUGAAAGAGAUAGAGAUUUUUAAGUGGACCUUCGGAUCAGCCAAUAUUGUAAGAUGCUCUGAUACAUUGUCAGUGAGAGUGUCUCCUGAGUACAACAACAGGGUUGAGUUUUAUACGGGAAACUUCUCUCUGCUACUGAAGAACCUACAGCAAAAUGACAGUGGAUCUUAUACUGCAGUUGUGACUGGUGACAAUGAAAAAACAAUUAUUGCAUACCUGUUAAUUGUUCAAGAGAGAGUUGAGCCGCCAGUCCUGACAGUGGACUCUGUCUCCUCCAUCAAUGCCACCUGUAACGUGACAGUGACCUGCAGAGGUCAGAACACCUCUGUCACCUCCAGCUGUAACAACAGCACCUGCUCUCAUGUGGGAGGAGAGAGUAGAGGGGCUGAGACCUCCACUGUCCCCCUGCUCUCUGUCUAUGUGGCAGGGGGUUUCAUCAUCUGUAACCACAGCAACAAUGUCAGCUGGGCCAGUGACACCAAGGAGAUAUUGGAACUCUGUCCAUUGAAAUCUGAGCAAGGGGAGAAGGCAAACGACAGCUAUCCUUUCACAGUCGGGAUAUCUGUCUGCGUAGUUGGAUUCAUUGCCCUGAUUGGUUUUGUUGUUUGGCGAAAGCAAAACAAACGAGGCAAAGAGGAUAUUAUAAACACAGAUGAUGCUACAGUUGGGACUCCAGAUAACAGUCAAGCAGGUGGUGAAGAGAAGGUGCCUCCAGGUCCAGGAUCACCCACCAUCUACAGUAUGGUGGGACUACCCCAACCCCAGCCUGUGAACCACCCCACCUUGGUGGGAGACCAGCCUAUGCCUGUGGACCUCCCCAUGACCUCCAUGCCUGAGAGUGUAUAUGCUAUGGUGGGGAAAAAGACUAGCAAACAAUAAUCAGGAAUUUGAACAUCAUCUUAGGCCAGGAUUCUAUUCAAACCUUUUAAAGGCAAUGUUCCCAUGUUCGAGUAGACCUAAUCAAAUAAAAUAAGAUCGGUCACAUGCUUUGAAAACAACAAAGGUGUAGACUAACAGUGAAA